AUGUAUACCCUCUUCGCCCUUGUGUUGAUGAUCCAGACGCUAUGGAGCGGUCAUGGACACAAGCGAGACGUGGACCCCGACGCGCCAAUCGUCGACCUGGGGUAUUCCACAUACCGCGGCAGCCAUGUUGCUGACACCGGGGUGGAUCAGUUUCUGGGCAUGCGGUAUGCGGCCCCUCCGCUGGGGGAUUUGCGAUUCAGGGCUCCGAUCGACCCCGUUAAUACCUCCACUGUACAGGACGCGUCGAGUUUAAAACCCAUCUGCAUCAGCACGGGCGCCAAAAAGCCGACUGCGACAAAGGGAGAGGACUGCCUCUUCGUCAACGUCUUCAAGCCGUCGCAUGCGACGCCGAACUCCAGUCUUCCCGUCUGGGUCUACAUCCAGGGCGGGGGGUUCAUGUCCAACUCCAAUGCCAACUUCAACGGGACCACGGUGAUCGAGGAGUCUGGGGGCGACAUCGUGUUCGUCAAUUUCAACUACCGGGUUGGGGCGCUGGGCUUUCUGGCUAGCGAGGAGGUCAGGGCCAAUGGGGAUUUGAAUGCUGGGCUUUUGGAUCAGCGGAAGGCGUUGGAGUGGGUGCGGAAGUAUAUCAGUCAGUUCGGCGGAAACCCAGACCAUGUAGUCCUCCACGGUGCCUCAGCCGGCGCUGCCUCAGUAGGCAUCCACAUGUCCGCCUACGGCGGCCGCAACGACAGCCUAUUCAUAGGCGCAGCAGUCGAGUCACCUUUCUGGCCGGGGCUCUCAACCAUCCAGAACUCCGAAUUCCAAUUCGACCGCUUCGUCAAAGACGCAGGCUGCAGCGGCCCAAGAGACACAAUGUCCUGUCUGCGCUCAGCAGACAUCACCAAGAUCCAAGCAGCCAACGUCCCCUCCCCCUACCCGAACCAAAAAACGCCCCCACUAUGGUACUUCCUCCCCGUCGUCGACGGCGACCUCGUCCAAGACUACCUGUACCGCGUCUUCGAAGACGGGAAAUACCUCAACGUCCCCCUCCUCAUCGGCGACGACACCGACGAAGGCACCUACUUCGUCCACAACGCAGCCACCCCGGCCGACGUCUCCGCCUUCCUCGAAGCCAACUACCCAGGUCUCAGCCCCGCCCAGCUAGCCGAGAUCAACGACGCCUACCCGAAACUCGAGCCCGCGGCCCAGCACGCAGAGUACUUCUCGUCGGCGGCAGCCGCCUACGGGGACGCCGCGUUCGUGUGCCCGGGGAACUUCAUGGCCGAGUCCCUCGCAAAGUCGCUAUCCCCCAACAAAGUCUGGAACUACCGGUUCAACGUGCAGGAUCCGCAGUUCGUGGAUCGCGGCUACGGCACGCCGCACACGUGGGAGAGCUCUGCUAUCUUCGGCCCCGGGAAUGCCUUCACGCUGCAUAAUGCCCCUGAUAACACUUAUAGAGAGGCCAACGCGGCGAUCGUCCCCGUCACCAUGCGCUACUGGAUCAGCUUCGUCAAGUUCCUGGAUCCGAACCCGUUCAAGAGCGACGAUGCGCCUGUGUGGGAGCCGUGGGGCGAGGGGCGGGGCGAAAGGCUGAAGAUUGAGACCGGUGCGACGAACAUGGAGACUGUGCCGCAGGCGCAGGUUGAGAGCUUGGUGAAAUCACCCACAGGGAAGGACGAAAGACAUCUUACUCUCGGUGUUUGA